GAGCUUCCUAUGUAGCGGGGCGCGGAGCCCGGCUCUAGCAACUCAAGAUGGCGGACGAGAGUGAGACAGCAGGGAAGCCGCCGGCACCUCCGCUGCCGCAGAUGAUGGAAGGGAACGGAAACGGCCAUGAACACUGCAGCGAUUGCGAGAACGAGGAAGACAACAGCUACAACCGGGGUGGUUUGAGUCCAGCCAAUGACACUGGAGCCAAAAAGAAGAAAAAGAAACAAAAAAAGAAGAAAGAAAAAGGCAGUGAGACAGAUUCAACCCAGGAUCAGCCUGUGAAGAUGAACUCCUUGCCAGCAGAGAGGAUCCAGGAAAUACAGAAGGCCAUUGAGCUGUUCUCAGUGGGUCAGGGACCUGCCAAAACCAUGGAGGAGGCUAGUAAGCGAAGCUACCAAUUCUGGGAUACGCAGCCCGUCCCCAAACUGGGCGAAGUGGUGAACACCCACGGUCCCGUGGAACCUGACAAAGACAACAUCCGCCAGGAGCCCUAUACCCUGCCCCAGGGCUUCACCUGGGAUGCCUUGGACCUGGGGGAUCGUGGUGUGCUGAAAGAACUAUACACCCUCCUGAAUGAGAACUAUGUGGAAGAUGAUGACAACAUGUUCCGAUUUGAUUAUUCCCCAGAAUUUCUUUUGUGGGCUCUCCGGCCACCCGGCUGGCUCCCCCAGUGGCACUGCGGGGUUCGAGUGGUUUCAAGUCGGAAACUGGUUGGGUUUAUUAGCGCCAUCCCAGCAAACAUCCAUGUCUAUGACACAGAGAAGAAGAUGGUAGAGAUUAACUUCCUGUGUGUACACAAGAAGCUGCGCUCCAAAAGGGUGGCUCCAGUCCUGAUCCGAGAGAUAACCAGGCGGGUUCACCUGGAGGGCAUUUUCCAAGCUGUUUACACUGCCGGUGUGGUACUACCAAAGCCUGUUGGCACCUGCAGGUACUGGCAUCGGUCCCUAAACCCACGGAAGUUGAUUGAAGUGAAGUUCUCCCACCUGAGCAGAAAUAUGACCAUGCAGCGUACCAUGAAGCUCUACCGACUGCCAGAGACUCCCAAGACAGCUGGGCUGCGACCAAUGGAAAAAAAGGACAUUCCAGUAGUGCACCAGCUCCUCACCAGGUACUUGAAGCAGUUUCACCUCACGCCAGUCAUGAACCAGGAGGAAGUAGAGCACUGGUUCUUCCCCCAAGAGAAUAUCAUCGACACUUUCGUGGUGGAGAAUGCAAAUGGAGAGGUGACGGAUUUCCUGAGCUUUUAUACGCUUCCCUCCACCAUCAUGAACCAUCCAACCCACAAGAGUCUAAAAGCUGCUUAUUCCUUCUACAACGUGCACACCCAGACCCCUCUUCUAGACCUCAUGAGUGACGCCCUUGUUCUCGCCAAAAUGAAAGGGUUUGAUGUGUUCAAUGCACUGGAUCUCAUGGAGAACAAAACCUUCCUGGAGAAGCUCAAGUUUGGCAUUGGGGACGGCAACCUGCAGUAUUACCUUUACAAUUGGAAAUGCCCCAGCAUGGGGGCAGAGAAGGUGGGGCUGGUGCUACAAUAACCAGUCGCCAGUGAGAUUCUGGAUAAAGCCACUGAGAAUUCCAACCAGGAAAUGGAGCCCCACAAAUUGGUCCAAUUUUCACAAACGUGAGAAUCCCUGGCAAGGGGAACAGAGCUGAACCAGCUUUACCAAACCGCCAGUGAACUUGACAAUGUAUUGCAAUGGCGUGGGCUGCGUGACGUCACCUUUGGCUGUGUCUCUGGUCUCCCUGUUUUCCAGUUAAUCACAUCCUCAUGCAGCCGUGAUCAAGGGAAUGUAACUGCUGAAAACUAGCUCGUGAUUGGCAUAUUAUGGAGUUAACGGGUGAAUAAUAAAAGUAUAUAUAUAUAUUAUAUAUAUAUAAAUAUUUUAACUAUCUUUCAUGUUCCAAAUGUACAAGGAUGUUUGGUCUCUAAUGAAAAUCUGAAUCCAGAUCAUUCCUCAAAAUUAGGACCCAAGGACAGUGGCAGACAGACAUAUUGGUACAGUUAAUUGUGUCCUUCAAAAGGAGACAUUGACUUUUCUCGGGUAGAAGGAGAAAGGCUUUGGGGGGCCUUGUCCAGGUCCCCUUCUGAAUCGGCUGGAGUGAUUGGUUUUGAGAAGGAAGGAAAGGUGGAACAGGCUCAGACCUCACAGAAUGGCAGGCAGAGCUCCUGGGUGAGGCUGAUCCCUGCAGGGGCCAGGCCUUUCUGCAUUCUGAGACAGCAACAGGGACAAUCUGUGGACACAGAUUUCAUUGCUCAAGUCCCUUCCAUCCCUUUGGCUUGUUCCCUGUAGGACAUGAUCCUGCCAACUGAUGUAAAAGGGCUCUCUAGCCAGCUGUUGGCCAACCUUAUAGGGAUGAGUCUCCUGUGUGAUUUUGCUUUUCCACUGCCUGGGGUGACAGGCAGUGCGAAGGAGCCCUUGCACCUCCUUGUAGCGUCUGGGACCUGUGAAGACCACAUUAGUGCAAGCCCUGCUUAGCUCAUCUCAGAGCAAAGAGCCAGCACCUGAGUGUCCCCAGGGUGGCGGGGCAGAGAUGGCAUGGAGCCAGUGCCCAGACCCCUUCAGCCACCUGGCCUGUGCCUUCCAACCCAUUAGCCAUUUCUGUGCUCUUUUCUAAGACACACAGCCUGCAAGUGGCAGCAAGAAAUGGUGAUUAGAGACAGAUCUGGACUUGGCAACAGAAACGGUUUCGCAUUGCCAUUGUCUGAGUCUGAUUGUCACUGAUGCCGUUUUGUGGAUUUUUGUGGCGGUAGUGAUGGUUAUCAGUGCUGCCGGUUCCCCAAGAAGUAAUCAAGCCUCUGGUCACAAGGCUGCCCACGUCGGCAUUCUUCAGUUCAGCCUGGGGAAGAGGAUCGGGCUGCAGAAUUGUCAGCAACCCAUGUGCAGGGUUGUGUGUAGCUUUUUCUCUAGGAGGAAGCGAAUGGGUGGGUAGCGUGAUGUGUGGCAUGGGGGACUUGCUGCUUUCACCUCUCAGCUUGUACAGGAAUGAAGCCUUAGCCAGGAGGCCAGGCUUAGCCUUGUCGCACUAACUGAAGCCACUGUCUGCAGGCCAAGAGGGGUUUGUUUCAGGCUGUGGGUUUUGGUGUGGCUUGCUAGAGUAGAAGUUAAUUCUGCAGAGUCCCCAAAGCUGGAGGAAAUUGUGUGCUUGGGAUGGGGACUGUGCCACCGGUGGGAAUCCCGCCCGCUCUCUGCAGACUGCUGCUAGAGCCAGCAACUCUCCUGUGGUGGAUUGUCAUCAGAGGCCUCUAGGGGCCUCCCUUCUCCCAGUUGUUCCUGUGCUGCAAACUGCAGGCACUGGCCAUCACGGCUGACCUUUAUCUCCCUGACUCCAAGAUAUCCAGACCAAAGAAGCUACUGUUCUUAGCAAGAUGUGUGCUGCAUUCCACAGACAGAAGGAGUCGGGAGAGGCAGGGGCUUGCUUUUACAGCCUCACAGCAGGCACGCACGGUGCCCCAAGUGGCUCACCCUAUCCAGACCUCUGAGGAUAUCAAAGAACAAAGUGCCCAAGUCUUUCCUACCUUGGGGUGACCUGGAACUUGGAAAGGCUCCCUGUCCUAGUCUGGAUCAGUUCUGGGCCAGGUCCCUGCGUGAGCUGCCUCUUGAGAUUUGGGCUGCACGUAUCUGUGGGGCGAGCUUUGCUUUGGUUGACCCAGGUUGUGGAAUGGAAACGGUGAGGCCCCGGUGGCUGCUCUGGAAGAAACAGAUCUCCUAGCAAAGGCCCUGGCAUCUCCCUUGCCAAAACCAGGUGGCCUGCUCCUUGGACUCUGCUGUUAUCUCAUGAUGAGGACCCUACCCAGGUCUGCAGGAGUUGGCUCGGAGGGUGCUGUUAGUCUUGUUUUUGUCCGAACAGCCCCUGGGUUCUUCACUCAACCCCUUCUGGGACCUCAGGUGAGAGAGUACCAUCAUGGGGUUCAGGGCCUCCCCACAGGAGCCUUGCAGUCUGAUGGCACCAUGGCUGGCUUGAACCAAACAAGGGAAGGACCCCAGUGCCUCCAAGCUGACCUGCCUCAAGCAGCUGCUAUUGGAAGACCUCCCUGUGGCCCCCACCCUCUGCCACCCCAGUCCUCCUGGCUGCUGUAUUUUGAAGAUAACCUUAACCCCCUGCCUUUGGAUUGACUCUGCAUUUGACCACAGACUCCAGUCUCUGUGUAGGGAGAGAGCUGGGUAGAAAGGAGGCCUCAGCUCCCACCUAGGGCUCAUUCUCCCCACACAUGCCUAUUUCCGGAGGCUGAUGUCUUGUUUGAAGACUGGCCUACGUCAAGCUACUUUAACACCAAGGUUCAUGGAAAAUUUCAGGCCUUGCCUACAGCUCCCUUCUAACUGCCACUGCCCCCCUUACUUGCUGGCUCUCUGAAGUCCAGAGGUGGGUGUCCCUUUGGCCCAAAGAUGACCUGUAUUUAACCAACCUAAGGACCCAAAGGCCUUGGACAGCUGCAUGGAGCUGCAAUCUAGGAGAGAGAGGGACUAACUGUCAGGUCAGGGGAGAGGGCAGCAAUGUCUCUGGUCAGUGCCUACCCGCCUGGGGGGCAGACUUCUCACAGCCCAGCCCACCUGCCGCAGAACCAGAGGAGACCCAAAGGCGUCAGUUUUGCUCUGCUGCAAACGGAAGGCAGGCCUGCAAGCAGACUGCUCCUAGGGAGGCUGUUUAGGACAAUUUCAUGCAAUUUAAUUCCAAAAUAUUGACUGAUGGGCAGGCAGGUGCCGCAUCUGGGAAUAGGGAGGAGGGAGCUUCACCUUUUUGUCUUGCCUUUUCUUUGGGCUGCGGGGGGGCAUCCAUUUCCAGGGUGGGGGAGGAAAUACCAAAUGCAUUGUUGUUUCUGCUCAAUACAUCUCACUUGUUUCUAAUAAAGGAAGCAGCUGAACAAA